UGUGUGUGUGUGUAUCUGGUACUUAAAAGCUAGAUAGACUAAUUUCUUAAAAACGAAAGGAAUUUCCGGCAAUCUUUGAAAAAUUCUCCCAAGUUGUAAUUGCAUGUUUGGACUAUUUCGUACUAGUUCCAACUAAAUAACAUUUUCCCCAUGUGGUUUCUCUUCCACAAUUUUACCUUUUCAAUGGUUUUCCCAUUUUAGAAAUAACAAUUCAAACAAAUAUGAGGUGAAUUAAUUUGUUGGAACUUGGAAGAUGGUGUAUGGGAAGUUCAACUAAUCCAACCCUUCUCCUCCUUCCUAACUCACUAUCCUCCAUUUAUCAACUUAACAUGUCUAUGAACUAACCCUCGUUGGCUUAAGUAGUAAAGAGUCACGGUUCUCUUAAAAAGACUUUUCUAGUUCGAAUCUUGUGAAUAGAAAAAAUCAAUGUAUUUUUAAUUAAAUAUUAAAUUGUUAAAACUCGGCCGUUAUUAGUGGCUUCCCAGAUCACCAAGGCACUUCCCAUGCCGUUUUAGGAUUUAUUAAUUGGUAAAAAAGGGAAAAAAAAAAAAAACUCAAAGAAAACAAAAGAACUGUAAAUUGAAAACACUCCGAAAAAUCAUUUAUUAAAAAAAUAAUCUAGUGGAUGAAAUAAGAUUAAACUCGCAAAAUUCAUAACUUAUUCAUUUGUCUGGUAAUAACGAAUCACCGAUGCCAAUCUAUUUUUAGACCGGAAAAGUAAUAAAAAAGAAAAAAAGAAAAAAAGUAGUUACUAGUGCAGUAAUAAAGAACACUAGAAUCAACUGUAACAGUUAAAAUCCUUACCGCGGCUGUCUGAAACUUCCUAUCUUUCAUUUCUUUAUUGUUAUUUCUUCUUCACUGUUCAACUCGGUGUUGUUCGUCGAUUCUGUAGUUUCUGCGCGUCAAACCUCCUGGUUCCUAUAAAUUCAGCCCCCCUUUUGAUCAUUUGGGUCGUUGAAGAAUCGUUUCCAGAUUUUUUUUUAAUUUUUUGGUUCUUUGAUUGUUAUAUUUCUUUUCCCUUUUGGCAAAGGUCAAAACUUUCACAGGAGAAGAGAACCAAAUCCAGCUCCUCUGCUCACCCAUCAAUCUUCUGUCAAUUUUAUUUUUUGUUUCUUCUGCCCGAUUUGAGCUCCGGACUUAAAUGGGUUCGAGGGAAUAUACACAAGAGCCGAUACUGAAUCAGCUGGGGGAAUCAAUCCGCGCAAUUUCUGGGUUGCCCGAGUGCAGAACGGUUGCGAAAAAGAUGUACAGCAAUUUGGUUCGGAGAAUUAAGCUUCUGAGUCCUCUGUUUGAGGAAUUGAAGGAUGGUGAUGAAGACUUGCUUCAGGACGGGAUUGUUAAAGGCCUUGAGCUAUUGACUGUUGCUCUUCACUCGGCUUUUGAGCUUCUUAAAUCAAUCCAUGAAGGCAGCAAGAUAUUACAGGUAUAUUUGAUUAGCUUUUUUCUCCUUGAUUUUGACCUCCAUUUUGGCAUGAGUGUCAUAAUUGGUUGUAGUCAUUUUCAUUGAUUGAGAAGGAAAAACCAUGUUUUCUAAUUCAACUGAAUCUUUUCUGUGUAGUGAUCAUGAUCUUGUGCAUAUGAUUUGCUUGGGUUUCUUUCAAAUUUAUUGAAGUUUUCUUCUGCAUUUCCCCUCUUUUCUCACAUGUACAACUUCACGGGCUUCGUCUUUGUAUUUUUAGUCUUAUGUUUAGGCAGGCAUAUGUAUAAGAUUGAGCCAAAACUAUUUCUUGUUAAGGUGUGUGUCUAAGAAAUUAUCUAUAACUGUUGUUCAUGGGUUUUAGAAUCUGCUGGCCUUGAGAAUUAUGUGCUUAGCUGCACAUUUAGUCCACUAAUAAGAUGAAUAAAUCCAGGAAAACGGGUUUCUUCUGUUGAAGAAGUGUUUUUAUUGUAAAUCUUUGAUGCAAAAGGUCCCCUAAAAUAUAUCUUUAAGUCCCUCAAUUCUACAGGCUCUACAGUUGGAACAAAUUUCUAUCAAGUUUCAUCAAGUAACGGAACAGAUCGAAGAAGCCCUUUGCCAGGUUUCCUACACUACACUUGAUAUCACGGAUGAAGUAAAAGAACAGGUAUUCACCACCUCCCUUAUGCUCAAUAAUGCUUAUCACAUUGCAAAAUAUUACCACCAUAUGUGGUUCUCAUGUUAUUCUUUUCUGACAACUGUUAGUGUGUUUUAUUAUCACUAGAUUGAACUUGUUCACACACAAUUCAAACGAGCAAAAGGAAGACCUGAUUCACCCGAUUUACAACUUGAAAUGGAUUUAGCUAUCGCAAUGAAGGAAAGAAAUCCGGAUCCUUCAAUCUUAAGGAGCCUUUCAGAGAAGUUAUAUCUUAGAACACUGCAUGAUUUAAAGAGAGAAUCUCUUUCUAUCCAUGAAAUGGUUAUUGCACAUGGUGGAUUUCCUGAAGAGCGGUUCGAGACAAUGUCAUAUCUCCUAAAAAAGAUAAAGGACUGUGUGAUAACAGAGAACCCAGAAUUUGAUGCCCCUGAAAGUGACAAGAGCCUCGUGAAGCACCGAACACCUGUCAUCCCAGAUGAUUUUCGAUGCCCAAUAUCCCUUGAGCUAAUGAAAGAUCCCGUUAUUGUAUCCACUGGACAGACUUAUGAAAGAUCUUGUAUACAAAAAUGGCUUGACGCAGGGCACAAAACAUGCCCGAAGACUCAGCAGACUUUGUUGCAUACGGCCUUAACACCUAACUAUGUUUUGAAGAGUCUAAUUGCUCUCUGGUGUGAAAGCAAUGGCGUUGAGCUGCCUAAGAGUCAAGGAAGCAGUCGGCAUAAAAGAUCAGGAGCUGGUGGUUCAGAGUGUGAUCGAGCAGCUAUUAACGUCUUGUUACAGAAGCUAACAAAUAGUAACCCGGAGGAACAACGAGCAGCCGCUGGUGAACUUCGCUUGUUGGCAAAAAGAAAUGCUGACAACAGAGUGUGUAUUGCUGAGGCUGGUGCGAUCCCCUUACUUGUGGAACUCCUAUCCUCGCCUGAUUCUAGAACACAGGAACAUGCCGUGACUGCACUUCUCAAUCUUUCUAUCAAUGAGGCAAACAAGGGAACUAUUGUAAGUGCUGGUGCUAUUCCUGAUAUUGUUGACGUGCUUAAAAAUGGAAGCAUGGAAGCAAGAGAAAAUGCUGCAGCAACACUUUUUAGUUUAUCUGUUGUGGAUGAGAAUAAGGUGAUAAUAGGAGCAGCUGGGGCUAUCCCAGCACUUAUUGAUUUGCUCUGUCAUGGUACGCCAAGAGGGAAAAAAGAUGCAGCUACAGCUAUAUUCAACCUUUCCAUCUAUCAAGGGAACAAGGUGCGAGCAGUUAGGUCAGGGAUUGUUCCUCCAUUGGUGAGAUUGCUCAAGGAUCCUGGUGGUGGAAUGGUAGAUGAAGCUCUUGCAAUAUUGGCCAUACUUGCCAGCCAUCCAGAGGGAAAAAUAGCAAUUGGUCAAGCUGACCCUGUCCCGGUGUUGGUGGAGGUUAUCCGAACUAGCUCUCCUCGCAAUCGAGAAAAUGCGGCAGCUAUCUUGUGGUCAUUGUGCACAGGGGAUGUCCAAUGCCUGAAACUGGCGAAAGGUCUUGGCGCGGAAGAGGUCUUGAAAGAAUUGUCAGAGAAUGGGACUGAUAGGGCUAAAAGAAAAGCAAGCAGUGUGCUGGAACUCCUCCAAAGAAUACAAGUCGUUGAUUCAUGACAAUGAGAUGAUCUUUGUCUGAAGAAAAUAUAUGGGAUGAACAUGCAUUUCUUCACACGAGGAUUUUCCAUUUUUGUUGCGUAAAUUAAUCACGGUUCCUUAGAUGAUUGAUUGUAAGAAGAACAUCAGUGUACAAAUAUGUAGAUGAGCAGUUUUACGUGAUCCUAUAGUCAAUGUCCAAUGGAGGGUAGGGUUUCUGUUGAUCCGGGUGUAAAAUUAUGGAACCCUGGACGCUCCAAAAAGUUAAAAUUCCUAAUGAGUGUUGCAUUUACUAAAUUUACUAUAGAAGAUGUGAAAUUAAUUUAACUGGUUUAUGUAAUUCUAAUACUAUGUUAAUUGUCAAUGACCAAACCAGUGUAACCCCUCUUAAUUUAAUGCACUAAAUAUUCCCUUAAAUCUAAAAAAAAGAAAAAAUUCGGUUACAUUAUCGUCGGCAUUUGAUAUUGUUACUUUAUUUCGGUUUAAAGGGAAUGUGAUAAUUGUG